AAAAGAUAAGCCGCUGGAGCCUUACAGGAACGAUGAACAGACUUUAGACUUUCUUUAUUCCACUGAUGUCCUUCAGUGCUGCCCUCCACACGCCCACAUGAGCGUGAAUGUGUGUUCCAAGUGUUUGUAUAAAGAGCGGGGAGACCUGAUCCUCAUCACUGCAUCACUGAGCUGACACUUGAAAAACUUCUCCUCACAUCUACCUGACAGAACGACCAGUUGUUCAUCACCAUGAAGACUCUCGUGGUCCUUUCCGUACUCCUUUGUGCUGCAUUUGCAGCUCCAGCUGAAGAGAAGGCUCCAGAAGCAGCAGUGGCUGCCCUGAAGGAGCAGAUGGUUCCUGCACCUGAGGCUGAGAUGAAGAAAGUUGAGGAAGAGUUUGUUCCAGAAGAUUCGGUCCCUGUUCCCAGAAACGCACCUGUGUUUGAGGAGGCAUUGGCACCUGAAUCUCGCUUUAACUUCUGUCCUGAUGGCUGGUAUAGCCACAACUCUCGCUGCUUCACAGUCGUCAAUACUGCCACCGACUGGUACACUGCUGAGGAGCACUGCACCAGCCUGGGGGCCCACCUGGCCUCGGCCACGAAUGCCAGAGAGUACGCUUUCCUGCAGGAGAUCACAAAGAGAGUCGAUCUGAGCAACGCAUGGCUGGGAGGCUUCAGACUGCAGAGCCGCUGGAUGUGGAUUGAUAGUCAGGGCUUCUACUAUCAAAAGUGGUACUCCCAGUCCACCUCCAGCAGCUAUGCCUGCGUCUACUUGAACACCGGCUAUGGUUGGUCUAACUGCCCAUGCACCAAUACUCGGCGCUUCAUCUGCUCCAAGAAUCCUUUCAGCUGUUAACAUACAGGCUGAACAUCUGGGCUCUAUUCCUCUGUUUAAAGCCAACCCAUGUCUUACUGAAUUAACCAUUGUGUAUUCUUCACUGUUCCUUAAUAAAGACUUGUAGAAUGGGA